CUAUUUGUCAUAGUCUUUAUUGAUGAUAUUUUGGUUUACUCUAAGAAUGAGGAGGAUCAUGUCAGCCACCUUCGAAUCAUCCUUCAGACCCUCAAAGACCAUAAAUUGUAUGCAAAAUUUUCUAAGUGUGAAUUCUGGCUUAAUGUUAUUGCUUUCUUGGGGAAUAUUGUGUCUAGUGAAGGGAUUAAAGUUGACCCCCAAAAGAUUAAGGCAGUUAGAAAAUGGCCCAGACCCACAACUCAAACCGACAUUCGGAGCUUCUUGGGUUUGGCAGGAUAUUACAGAAGGUUUGUAGAAAGUUUUUCUUCCAUAGCUGCUCCCCUUACCAGGUUGACUCAGAAAAUAAAAUUUGUGUGGUCUGACUCUUGUGAGAAUAGCUUUGAAAAAUUAAAGGACAAAUUGACUACUGCACAUGUUUUGACCCUUCCUGAGGGUACAGAGGGUUUUGUUGUCUACUGUGAUGCAUCUCGAGUGGGACUUAGAUGUGUACUUAUGCAGCAUGGUAAGGUGGUAGCUUAUGUAUCUAGGCAGUUGAAGGUGCACGAGCGAAACUACCCCACCCAUGACUUGGAGUUAGCGGUUGUGGUGUUUGCACUUAAAAUUUGGUGGCAUUAUCUGUACGUACAUGUUGAUAUUUUCACUGACCACAAAAGUUUAUAGUAUGUUUUCUCACAGAAAGAAUUAAAUCUCAGGAAGAGGCGUUGGUUGGAACUGUUGAAGGAUUAUGACAUGAGCUUGCACUAUUAUCUGGGCAAGGUGAAUGUGGUGACCGACGCCCUCAACAAAUUAUCUAUGGGCAGUCUUUCUCAUGUUGAGGAAGGAAAAAAGGAGAUGGUGAAAGACAUUCACCACCUUGCAAAUCUAGGGGUGCGACUUCUGGAUUCCAUAGAUGGAGGGGUAGUUGUACAUGAAAUAGGUAAAUCUUCUUUUAAAAAGACUGACAGUACAAUUCAGCACUGGGGAACAAUAAUAGUAAAAUUGGGGAUUGUAAUUGUACCGAUUGGAUUCGGUUUAUGUUUCGAAUGGAGAUUGAUUCUUCUUCGCCAGAGCCGAUUACGGCGGCAACGUCGGAGGAUAUUAUCAUUAAGCUAUGAGCCGACUAUAGUUCAGGAGAUGCUUACUCUGAUCAUACAAAUAGUGAAAGAACGGCGGUUUUCUGGGCUAUCCCCUAGUGAGUGUUUGCAAAGGGAAUUGGUACAUAAACUAUCAACUGGUGAUGCCACUCGUAGCCAGUUGGUGAAGUCUCUUCCUCGCGACUUUUCCAAAAUCGAUAAACUUCAGCAAGUUCUAGAUAGGAUAGCAGCGUAUUCCAAUCCCUCCGGCAUGAAUCAGGGUACGUAUAAACUGCGAACACCCUAUUGGAAGGAGCUAGAUUUAUAUCAUCCUCGUUGGAACUCAAAGGAGUUGCAAGUUGCUGAAGAGAGAUAUAUGCAGUUCUGUAAUGCCUCGGCAUUGACCAGUCAGCUUCCAAAAUGGACCAAGAUUUAUCCACCUCUUGGUGGAAUAGCUAAAAUAGCAACUUGCAAGACAGUACUGCAAAUAGUUCGCGCUGUUGUAUUUUAUGCUGUUUUCUCUGAUAAAUCAAAUGCUUCAUGUGCGCCAGAUGAUGUACUGUUAACAGCAUUGCAUUUGUUGUAUCUUGCACUAGAUAUUUGUUAUAUGCAUAGGGGAUCUGGUGACUGUAGUUGCUAUGGGGAUGAUGUCAUUCCAAUUUUAGCACUAGCCAGUGAGGAAUUAUCAUUGAGUAAAUACGGUGAUCAGAGCUUGUUGUCUCUUCUGGUUUUGUUGAUGAGGAAAUAUAGGAAAGAAAACGACUUUGUGGAAGCUGGAAUUUUCGACCUCUCUUCUUUGAUUGGAAGUCUGCUGGAAAAAUUUGCUGAACUUCAAUAUGAAUGCAAGAUAAAACUGCAAGACCUUGCACCUGAUGUGGUCAAUCAACUGGCGCAAUCCGUUUCGACUGGUGAUACUAACAACUUGGAGUUUGUUCCAGACAGUGAUAAAUGCAAGGCUAAAGCUCGAGAGAGGCAAGCUGCUAAAAUGGGGAAGAUGAGGGCGCAACAAUCCGAAUUUUUAAAGAGCAUUGAUUCCUCUGCAGAAGCUGGUGCGGGUGAUUCUAAUCUUGGUAAAGAAAGAAGUGAUCCAGAUGUUAGAUGUAAUUAUGAAGAGGCUACUCAAGUAAUUUGCUCUCUUUGCCAUGAUCCAAAUUCUAAAAGUCCUCUAUCCUACCUGAUUCUUCUUCAGAAAUCCAGGCUUUUGACUUUCACCAAUAGAGGGCCUCCUUCAUGGACAAGAACUCAAAAUUUUGGGGAAGAACCGGAAUCUUGUGCUAAAAGAAUGGCAAAUAUCUCAUCUCAAAGGAGCAUUUUAUCAAGCAGUCAAGAAGUGAUUUCAUCUCCGUGGUCGACACAAUCGAUUCAAAAUGCAAUAAAUGAGUUUGCUCUGGAAGGGCAACCUAAGGAAGUAGGAGCAUUUUUUGAAUAUAUUAGGGCAAGAUUUCCAGCAUUAAAGAUUCAACUGCCUUGCACAUCAAGCAAUGUUGACGAAGACACAGGUUUUUCUCUCGAGAUGCUAGAAGAACAAAUAUACUCGUUGAUUAGGGAAAGAAUGGAUGUCAAUUCGUGGCAGUCGGAUCUUUCAAGAAAUGGUAAGAAACUUUCUGCAGGGGGAGAUGGUGGGAGUGUUGAGUCACUGUUGCUUGGGAAGUACAUUUCUGCUCUUGAAGGAGAAAAUCUUGAUGGUCCAUCUGCAUCUGAAAGUGCAGACAAGUCACAAUUAGAGUCAAUAAUGCCACUGACAGCGUAUGAAGGAUUUGGUCCCUCAGAUUGUGAUGGAAUUUAUCUUUCAUCCUGUGGACAUGCUGUGCAUCAGGGAUGUCUUGAUCGCUAUUUAUCGUCUUUAAAGGAAAGAUAUACCAGAAGAAUUGUUUUUGAAGGAGGUCAUAUUGUAGAUCCAGAUCAGGGGGAGUUCCUCUGUCCUGUAUGCCGUGGACUUUCUAACUCGGUCCUGCCAGCAUUACCUGUAGAUUAUGGAAGAUUCAGAACCCUUUAUUCAGCUUCCAGUCCAUCAGAUGCCGUUGGCCCUUCACCCCUGUCAAGUGGAGUGGUAGAUGCACUUCAUUUUCAAAAAGCUUUAUUUCUCCUACAAAGUGCUGCUGAUGUUACCGGAAGUAGAGAGAUUUUCCAAAAACUUCCAGUUCGGCAGUUCGGUCAGAUGAGAAUAAACCUUGAAUCUUUGUAUCAUGUAUUGUGUGGAAUGUACUCUCUGGAAAAUGACAGGAUUUCAGAAUCUGGUAGACUUAGUCAUUCUCUCGUUCUGUAUGACACUCUUAAGUACUCACUUGUAUCAACUAAAAUUGCUACUUGGUCUGGAAAGACAUCACUAGCUCCAAACUACAAUCUUGAUGCCUUGUACAAAGAACUCCAAUCUUCAAAUGGUUUUAUUCUUGCUUUGUUGUUAAGUAUUGUGCAAAGCACACGAACAAAGAACUCACUCACUGUCCUCUUAAGACUGAGAGGCAUUCAGCAGUUUGCGGAGUCUAUAUGCACUGGCACUUCUGCAGAUGAAAUUUCAGGUCCAUCUGUUGAAGGUAAUAUGCAAGACAUCUUGGAAUACGCUGAAACAGAAGAUCAAUAUCCUGAUAUUCAGGUCUGGAGAUGGUCCUCUGAUCCAGUUCUUGCACAUGAUGCUUUUUCUUCAUUAAUGUGGAUAAUAUAUUGUCUUCCAUGUCCAUUGUUGUCAUGCGAUGAUGCCUUCUUGUCUCUUGUUCAUCUUUUCUACGCAGUCACAGAGACUUCUUAUGACAUCAAAGAUGCAAUUCGCAGUCUGACCUUUCCAUACUUACGAAGAUGUGUAUUGUUUUGGAAAUUGAUUCAUUCUUCUAGAGUGGUGCCAUUUAAUGAUGGAACUAACAUAUUGGAUGGAUCAACUUAUUCAACUAAUGAACUGAUGGAAUGUGGUGAAAACAACGCCGCGGAGCUCAUUCAGAUUGAAAAGUUGGAGAAGAUAUUAAAGAUUCCGUCACUUGAUUAUGUCUUUUAUGAUGUCACAAUUCGUUUGGUGGUUCAAAAAUGGCUACAUCAUUUCUACAGGCAGUUUGAAACUCGUGGUCUAAAGGGUGUUUUGUAUUCCACUCCUGCAGCCCCAUUUAAGUUGAUGCCUUUGCCUCAUCUUUAUCAGGACCUCUUGCAGAGGUAUAUUAAACAGAAUUACCCAGACUGCGGAGCUGUUCAGAAGGAUCCUGCAAUGUGCUUGUUAUGUGGUAAAUUGUGCUCGGCUAGUUGGAAGACAUGCUGCAGGGAAAGUGGGUGUCAAGCUCAUGCAAUGGUCUGUGGUGCUGCUACUGGGGUGUUCUUGUUCAUCAGAAAAACCACUAUAUUGCUCCAAAGAUCUGCUCGUCAGGCACCGUGGCCUUCACCUUAUUUGGAGUAUGGAGAAGAGGAUAAUGACAUGCAACGGGGAAAGCCAUUAUAUCUAAAUGAAGAACGUUAUGCUGCCUUAACUCAUAUGAUGGCUUCUCAUGGGUUAGAUCAAAGUUCAAAGGUGCUUCGUCACACAACUAUUGGCGCAUUCUUCAUGCUUUAGCUUUGGGAUUUUAUGAUGGUGUAGGUUUAAUGACAGUUUAAUAAUAAUCGUAUUUUGCUUAUCUGUUUCUUCAUUAUUACCUAUGGUCUUGUUUUUCUUUAGUUCCCUCGACAAUUGCAGGUUAUAUCUAACUCGAAUAUGUUAAAGAUGAUAACAGUUGUGCUGUUGCCCCUGGUUUAUAUUGCUAGCUAGGAUACAGGCAGUCCUCUGUUAAUGUGUUCUCAUGCUGUUUAUGUACAGAUUAUUGAGGUUAGUCUCUAACUAUUUUCCCCCCAUGUUUUCGUUUAGACUAUUCUGCACUAUUUCGAAUAUUUUAAAAAUCUGAGCUAUUCUUGAAACAUAUGCUAUAUAAGUAUUGUCACUAGUGCAUUGCCAAUCCACUCUUUUACAUUCCUUCCUGUAGAUUUCUGUUAGCAGGUGAAUCCAAGAUAUCUUAUAGGCAUACUAAUAAAGGGUUGAACCUCCUAAGAAUGAUAAGCUCCAACUGUCACCGAAAAAUUUAGGUGAAUCCUUAAAAUAUCAAUAUUAUUGUAGCUAUAAGGUGUGCUGGAUUACUUGGGUAGGAUAUAACUUUAUUAAAUAUUUGAGGGGAAAAAAAGACCGUAUACAAGAAGUAUUACCAAAAUUUUGAAAACCUACGGAAAGAUAGAAAACAAAUAUUUGGCAUCCUUUAUUGCUUAAAUAGGAUUGCACAUGAUUUUACUGUGUAAUGGCAUCAGACACUGCAUCAUUUUCCAAAUCAGGCACAUGAUAGGUGCAGUGCAGUAACAGAGGCUAAUACAUCAAUGCAUCCAUACUUUACAGUUUUUAGACUAGGUCUUUUUGCAACAUUUUAAUUUGCAUAACGUAUAGAUGUGUAGGACUUAAGUUUGAGACACUUUACAGUAAUAUUGAUCGAUUAUAAAAAACAUUGAUGAGCGUGGUGUCAUGCGUUUGGGCUACUGAAUUAACUCCUGCUGCAGCACAAGUACUGAAUUGAAAAAUGUUUAGGAAAAGGCAAGUUGCAACCAUAUCCGUAAGCUUCUCUAUCGAAUUUCCAUACUACAUUUCUUAUAACAUCGCUUGCAGUUUAUUUAAACCCUCGCUAUGGUUGCUCAAAGUUGCAUCAUGCUCUCCUAUUUGUUUUGAUAUUUCUACUUGACUGCAACUUUCAGGUAUAACAGGACUCUUGUUUGUAUCUUGUAUUCCUUUUUCUCAUCAAUAAUACUUCCGCGUGUGAGAUCUUGAGAUGCUAAACUAUCAUGCAUUGCUUCCUCUUUAUCUUUAAUUAAUGAAAAUUUCAUUUGUGACAGACGAUUAUGAGUUGCCCACUGGAACAGAACGCUUGUAUUCCAUUAUGGUGACUCAGUGGUGAAGAUGGAGCGGCUGGUUGUUGGCACCUUGUUGUACAGAAAAUGUGAAUGAAUAUGGUGCUUCAUGUGUAUAAUAUGAAAAUUGCAAAGGUCUCCUUCAAUUGUGUAUGGAUUAUCACUUCACAUAACAAUAUGUUCCCCCUUUGGCUUCCUCUGUUCUUGAUGUCGAUGAUGAUUGAAGUGUCAUCAAGUAAUGGAUGAAUUGUGUAUGUACUGUCCCCUAAAUAACAAUAUGUUUUUUUUCUUU